GGGAGAUUAGAGCCCAAUCUGUAACCCUAAAACCCCAAUUUCUCAAACCCCUAAAAAUCUUCCCUUCCAUUUCCUUUAUAAAGUUAUCUUAAAACCCCAUUAUCCUGCGUCUCCAAGCUCCAACUCUCAUCAUAUCUCCCAAAGGUGUGUUAACUAGGUUAAAAGAAUGUCAAAGUCAAACCCCAAAGUUUUCUUUGAUAUUUUGAUUGGAAAAGCAAAAGGUGGCCGAAUUGUAAUGGAGCUAUUUGCUGAUGUUGUUCCAAAAACUGCUGAAAAUUUCCGCGCCCUCUGUACUGGGGAAAAAGGUGUUGGAAUGUCUGGGAAGCCGUUGCACUAUAAAGGCUCGGCAUUUCACCGAAUCAUCCCAUCCUUCAUGUGUCAAGGCGGAGAUUUCACAAGGGGGAAUGGCACGGGCGGAGAGUCGAUCUAUGGUAUGAAAUUUGCAGAUGAGAACUUCAAGCUCAAACACACUGGACCUGGUUGUUUGUCAAUGGCAAAUGCUGGAGCAAACACCAAUGGUUCACAAUUCUUUAUAUGCACCGAGAAAACCCCGUGGCUUGAUGGGAAACAUGUUGUCUUUGGCAAAGUAAUGGACGGUUAUAGUGUUGUGAAGGAAAUGGAGAAACUAGGCUCAGAUGAUGGGAGAACUUCGCAACCUGUUGUGAUAGAGGACUGUGGUCAGCUAAAAGAGAAUUGAAGCAGAAGCAGGAAUGCUUAAGUACUGUGUUUCCCUUCACAUAAGCACCUCUAGAAUGAUUAUAUAAAUAGUUAAUGGAUGAAUAUAAUUUGUACUUUCUUGAAGUUGGAUUUUUUUUACUGUUCUUUGAAUCUGACAUUUGUUAUGAGCCUGCUUGACAGAGAGGCUAUAAUAAUUUCUCUUAUCUGUGAAC